CUGGCAUGGCUGUGGAUCGUCCCUCCCACUGACAGAUGGAUGGGGUUAAUAUCAUAAUUAAGCACCUCGGCCGACGGUUCCUGUUUACUGCUUGGUUGCUAGGCAGUGACAUCAGCUGAUCCCUCCCUCCUUCCUCUCUAAUCCCUUCCCUCUCCCUCACAGUCCCUCUCUCUCUUUCACACACACACCACUCUUAUGCUCUCUCUCUCUGAUAGGCAGCGCAGACGUGGGCAGAGUGUGGGGGUAUAGGAAGAGGAGAGAGCGGGAGGGUAGGUAGUAGUGUGUGUGAGGCUGUCAGACAGCAUGGUCUGGGUCUGAGGACAGCACUGGAAGACAAAACAGCCGCCUACUGAACUCCAUGUAGACCAGAGUGGUGCCAUCCACAGAUCACCUGGACCUGUCCACUCAUCAGCACCCACCCAAGACAACACCUGCCUCUUCUAGAGAAGUAAGCGGAGUAGGACCAGGGAGGUGGGUCUGUUUAUAUUCUUUUUCUUUUAUUAUUUUCUCAGUUUUUUGGUUUUUGGAGUUGGCUCCUGGCUGGACCGCAUGCAUGACACAACGCAAAGGCGAGAAACCCACCAUCAGCAUCCAGGAGCACAUGGCCAUUGACGUGUGCCCUGGCCCCAUCCAGCCCAUCAAGCAGAUCUCUGACUACUUUCCCCGGUACCCACGGGGCCUUCCCCCUACUCUGCCCCACGUUGGGCCCCUCCGCUCUGCCCUCUCCACCUCCUCAGCUUCUGCCUCCACGACUGCUGCUGCUGAGAGUGACCGCCCCAAUGAGGAUAACCCAGACCGGGCUCUUGCCGGAGCCUCCGCCUCCUUACAGGCCACCAAAAAGGACGAGGAGCCUGAUGUGGAGGGAUACGACUCAGAUGACUCCACUACACUGGGAACCUUGGAAUUCAGUUUGCUGUAUGACCAGGAGAACAAUGCACUGCACUGCACCAUUAACAAAGCCAAGCUUCCUGUCCCCAGAUACAAAAAGGGGCUCAAGCCAAUGGACCACAAUGGGCUGUCAGAUCCCUACGUCAAGUUGCACCUACUGCCAGGCGCCAGCAAGGCCAAUAAACUCAGAACCAAGACCCUGCACAAUACACUCAACCCAGUCUGGAAUGAGACCCUGACCUACUACGGCAUCACUGAUGAGGAUAUGGUCCGCAAAACACUCAGGAUUUCAGUGUGUGAUGAGGACAAAUUCCGCCACAACGAGUUCAUCGGGGAAACGCGAAUCCCUCUCAAGAAGCUGAAGCCCAAUCAAACCAAGAAUUUCAACAACUGCCUGGAGAAACAGUUACCUGUCAAGACGGAAGACAAGUCUCUGGAGGAACGUGGACGAAUCAUGAUUUCUCUGAAGUACAACACCCAGAAGUCUUGCCUGGUAGUGGGCAUCAUACGCUGUGCUCACCUUGCCGCCAUGGAUGCCAACGGCUUCUCCGACCCCUACGUCAAAACGUAUCUGAAGCCAGAUGAGAACAAAAAGUCAAAGCACAAGACUGCUGUGAAAAAGAAGACGCUCAAUCCUGAGUUCAAUGAGGAGUUCUGUUAUGACAUAAAAUAUGCAGACCUCACCAAAAAGACCUUGGAGGUGACCGUAUGGGACUACGACAUUGGAAAGUCGAAUGACUUCAUAGGUGGUGUAUCUCUGGGUAUCAAUGCAAAUGGAGAAAGGCUCAAGCACUGGUUUGACUGCCUCAAAAACAAGGACAAAAAAAUUGAACGCUGGCACACGUUGACCAAUGAAUUACCCGGUUCAUUAAAUGACUGAACACACACAAUCCUUCGUCCAACCUGUUCGCCGGCUGCACCAGGACUCCCGCAUCCUCCCCGUCCUCUCCACCCAGGUCGUCUUCUCUGGGUCGCCCUCGUGUUGCCCGCAUCGACCUGAGACGCCUCUCUUUGGGAAUACACAGUAUUUCCUCUCCACAGGGCUGAGCUUAAAACAUACACAUCUCAUGUUUGUGUUCAACAACACUUUCACACAUACAGAAAGGAGGUUGCACCGCUGCUCAUUUCAUGUUUUUAAGAGAAAUUCAAUCCACAAGAUGACUGACAGGGAUUGUAGUGUUGACUUUAAAGGAUUCUUGUAUGAACGGUGGAAGAUAAAAGAAGCAAAAUCUAUUUGAUGAGAUCUUUUACAGCAGUUAAAGAAUUUCCACUAAUCCAUAAAGCUGCACAGGAAAAACCUCAUGAUUUCAAUUUCAUGGCUAUGAGCAGUCUUAGGAUUUAAAGUAGUGGAUACACUAACAAAGGAUGUAGCAAAUAUUUCGUAUUACUAAUACAAGUUCUAGAUUUGGAGCAUGUAUUUUCCAUUUGGGCAGAUGAGAGCAAUGCCAUAGAGACUUCGUGUAGUUUAUGGAGAACAGUCUUUAAAGGUUGAGGUCUCAUUAUGCUUCAAACCAUGUCUGAACCAUAACUCUAACUAAAAAACUGCUGUUUUGUUUGUUUGAUAGAGUUAAUAGUGAAGCUUGUGUAAAGGCAAAAACUCCACAGAGAAAGAGAGCUGGGUUCCGGCAAGAGUUGCCUAAAGCUACUUUAUAUUGUAAGCCAAAUAAUCUACAAUAAUAAACAGCAACCUCUAACAAUUAGAAUGCCCCCAAUGUGCAAGUAGAGUGACACUAGCGAGAAUGGGAAGGAAGAACUCCCUUUAAACAGGAAGAAACCAGAGAUUAAUGAGUAAAUGCAAAGUGGUCUGCAAACACAUCGAGAGUGAGUCUUAAGUAGAAAGGAGUUACAAUGCCCUCCAAUACUCACUAACUUUAUUCUGUAAAGAUAGUUUCACUUAUUUUAAACCAUAAGUUAAUAAAAUAUGUUUUGCUUUUUGCAGUUCUAAAGCAGAAAACCUUUUUUUAAUUGUGGGUAAUAUGUGGGACUCACAUUUCAUCACAGCACCAGAUGGCAUCCAUUUGUUUUUUCAUGCUUAUCCAACUACAAGUCAUAUUGGAGCUGCGCUGGGUACACCCUGGACCCUUCGUGUGAGUCCAUCAUAGGCCUAACAUGAAGAGACAGUCACACGCUCCCCAAUUAAUAUCAGCAACGAUGGAUAGCUGAAUGCGAGACUCCUGCCAUGCAGUUGUCAUUUGAGAGUGUAUCAUUCACUUUCACCGUGACAGAGAGCAAUGAUCAUAUGAAAGGUUCGGCUUUGGAAGAUGUGGGUGAGAAACUUGAGAAAGAUCCAGAUCCCAGUGUGGCACAUCAUGGGCUCGAUAUACAGUAACUGUGCCUAUCUCUGGUUACAACAAAGAAUCUAAGUAGUAUAACAGAAGAAAAGGCCCAAAGGUGGUGCAUCAGGUCUGAAUUGAGCUUUUUUUCACAUUCAUAGGGUUUUGCACUGUAAAAUUCAGUUAAAACAGAGUGACUUUUUAUCUCCCAAAGAGUCUGAGGAAGAACAUUUAGCAGACACAGCCUCACCUCUAGUGUUUUUCUUCACACGCUAAUGUUUUUUAGCCACAACAACAGAAUCGUACUUCUUGCCAAAUUCACUAUAGUGAAAUUCAAGGCAAUGGUCGUCAUUUUGAGGGAGUGGAGAAGAUCCAGCGAGCAUAUCAAAUACAGUUUCUACAAAAAGUCCUGGAAGCAGCGCAGGGAUUCAAAAGGAGACAAACUUAGAGGGCACAGAUGUGUUUAAACCAGGCAUGCACAAUGUGUCUGUGUAGCUUCUUAGUCAUCCAGGUCACGUUAGUGUAGAAAGCCUGAGAAAAGAGACAACUAGACUUCUUUAAAUUUGUGAAGAUGUUUGACUUCAAUAGGUCACAUGAUGGUCACAUGAUGGGUUGGGCCAAAGUAUGAUGGUACCGACCCUCUUGUGAUUCGUGAUAAAUCACAUGACCUUUUGUUUUUAGAAUUGAAGAAGUCCAGUUACCUCUUUCUUUUUUUUUUAAAGCUCUUUAGACUUUUUAGCUACAUUGUUGAAGACGCACGUGUAAACAACAAGGUUAAUAUGGCUGCUACAUAUAAUUAUAUAAAGAUGGGAUCGUUGUUUGAAGCAUGUUGAGGCCUCGAUAGGCAGUAUCACAACUGGAGCAACCACCCUAACCCGUCCCUGAAAUCUAAGGCACACUGGGUUACUAAGGUAACAAAGCCUGGCUUUAAAGCCAUGUAAAAACUGAUGCUCUCCUUUAAGGUUAAAACAAGAGGUUAAAGAACUAAUACGCAAACGUUGAACGUAAAUUCCUUCUUUAGGCUUCUUUACAGCAGUUAUUCAUGGCAUCCCUGCAUGUUUCUGUAUGAGACAUGACAAAAUGUCACCAACUAUGUGAACCAACCACCGAUUACGUUCCACCCGUCAUCUGCUGACUUUUGUGGUCGAGGAUCGAGGCUCUGCAAGUGUUUGCUCCAUUCAGUCAUCCCAUCCAGACUUCAAAAAAAUCAGAAAAACUGAAACCAGUGAGCGUUAUAAUAUAAUUGAGAGGUGAAUCAUGGGUACAAGGCCGCAGCGCUGUUUUCAAUCAGCUGGAUUUUCUUUGUGGUCAAAAAUAACUUCUUAAGUUUGAGACUUCUUAAGAGUGAAAGAAAAUGGGUUCAAACGUCAAGGGCAUGAUUACAUUUCUUUCGAACUGCAAACAGCAAAGUGCCCCUGAGUCAAUCUGAGGCAGAUGGUCACUUAGACAAGUGCAAAAAACACAGAAUAGUAACGAUACUGUAGGGUUUUGUGAUUAUCCAGGAGCUGCAUGGAUAUGAAUAUAGGCAGAAAAAUCUCAUUGUUCUGAUGCUCUGUGGUCAUAUUUCAUGCAGAAAAUAAGAAACAUCCACAGUCGCUAUGUGCAGCCGUCACGCCACACAGCGUGCUUCAGUGUUGGAAAGCUGAGUGCAGCUGUAAUCAACAACAGAAUGAAGUUCAGUGGGUGACCCGUCUGGUGAAAAUCACUUGUUGAGCCACAAUGCCACCUGAUUGGGAAGCUCUAUUGUGUGUGUGCGCGUGUGUGUGUGUGUGUGUGUGUGUGCAGCUUAUUGUUUACACUACUGAAAAUGAGUUUCGCUGAUGGCAUUUUCAGCUGGAUGAAAAUGUACCUGCUGUUUGUCAAAAGGGCCGAAUUUCAAAAACAGGAAGUUUACAUCAAAUGUUUAAAAAGAGAAAAAAUAGAAAUUAAAACACAAAAAGCAUGUAUUGUUUACAACAGCCUAUUCCUGCUGAAGUUCAAGUUUGCUGCUAAACGGGCAAACGCGCCCUCUUUGGCUGAAGUCACUGCGGUCGUUCAGUCGUGCAAUGCGACCUUCGCUAAGACGGGCACGGAUGAGAAGGGCAGCAUUUUUAAUAUACUAGCAGUGUAUGUGUAUUGUUACUAUAUUGUUGUUUUUUUUUAUGUGAGCACCUCCACUAGAAAUGUAUCAAACAGAAUGUACAUGUUUAACCCCUUCUAUUCCACAGUAAGUCCUGCACCUUAGUGCUCUGUAGUGUUCAUAUUGUUCAUACGUCGGAUCUGAAGCUCUGUAUUUGAGCACACGUAUCUGGGAAUAGAGAUGGUUGAACUCACUCCCCUGCAGCGGACUACCAGGGCUUAUCUCACUCAAAAAAUUCUAAGUGAGUUAACAUUUUACUUUGAAUGACUUAUGAUUGUUUUAAUUUUAAUAUAUUUUGUCGAAGUGGACCUACUAUGCUUAUCCUCGCUUUCUGUCACAUACAUACUGUUCCAAUGAUCUCUGCUCGUAUUAAUUAUGGUCAAAGGUUCAAAUACUGAGCCCAGCAUGCGUGCAGGUAAUUCCUGUGAGCCAAUUUCAUUCCUGUUUUUCAGGAAAGUAUGAUGUGACAUCAUUCUGGGGUAUUUCAGGAUAAAGAGAGUAAGUCCCGAAUUUGGUCACUGGGCGCAGCUCUGGUUGUGUGAUUGAAGGGGAAGCUAAUCCUACGUGAGCUGGUUUCUGAUAUUCCAAACUCCAGGAGAACUAUAUUCUCACUUUUUUUUUAAUCAGUCAUUUUAAGUGUUAGCAUGUUAGCUAAGUCUUGCUUAUUUGGUUGACCUGCAAAUUUUCAUUCAAGUUAGAUGCACGUCAUUUCGUCUUGUGGUCAGUGGCUCUGUGCCCUACAAGUGAGCCCUGCCCCUCAUUUUGAGAACCACUGGCUCAACAGACUGGUAUGUUUGUGCCUGGGUCCCAUACAGCAACCCCCGGGACUCGGACCGUGAAAUUUAUGGUUUUUAGGGUUUUUAUCGGGGUUUUUUAAGCGUUAUUUUUUGAUCGGGUUUUUUUUGUUAACUCGGUUUCCCUGGGUCUUUUC